AUGGGAAUAAAAUUCCUCGAAUUUGUGAAGCCGUUCUGCGGCUUCGUGCCGGAGGUGUCGAAGCCGGAGAGGAAGAUCCAGUUUCGGGAGAAGAUGUUGUGGACCGCUAUCACUCUCUUCGUAUUUCUUGUCUGUUGUCAAAUUCCGUUGUUCGGGAUUAUGUCCACUGAUUCCGCUGACCCUUUCUAUUGGCUUCGCGUAAUUUUGGCUUCCAAUCGGGGCACAUUGAUGGAACUGGGAAUCUCACCUAUAGUCACAUCUGGUUUGAUAAUGCAGCUUCUCGCUGGAGCUAAGAUUAUUGAAGUCGGUGAUACGCCUAAGGAUAGAGCGCUUUUCAAUGGAGCACAGAAGUUAUUUGGCAUGGUGAUCACCGUUGGACAGGCCAUCGUCUACGUCAUGUCUGGUUUGUAUGGCGAUCCAUCUGAGAUCGGCGCCGGCAUCUGCCUCCUUAUUGUCGUGCAGCUCGUCAUUGCUGGUCUCAUCGUACUGCUUCUGGAUGAGUUGCUACAGAAGGGCUAUGGACUCGGAUCUGGUAUUUCACUUUUUAUCGCUACAAACAUUUGUGAGACGAUUGUGUGGAAAGCGUUCUCACCAGCAACCAUGAAUACCGGGCGAGGCACUGAAUUCGAGGGCGCUGUCAUUGCCCUUUUCCAUCUUCUCGCCACUCGUACAGAUAAGGUUAGAGCUCUUCGUGAAGCGUUUUAUCGUAACAAUUUGCCAAAUCUUAUGAAUCUUAUGGCCACCUUUGUUGUGUUUGGCGUCGUCAUAUACUUCCAGGGCUUCCGCGUAGACCUUCCCAUCAAGUCGGCUCGGUAUCGUGGACAGUAUAGCAGCUAUCCGAUUAAGCUGUUUUACACAUCAAACAUUCCUAUUAUUCUUCAGUCAGCACUCGUUUCUAACCUUUACGUCAUCUCACAGAUGCUUGCUGCAAAGUUCGGAGGAAACUUCCUUGUGAAUCUCCUUGGAACCUGGUCCGACGCGUCUGGAAGCUAUCGUAGCUACCCAACUGGAGGUAUUUGCUACUAUCUCUCGCCACCUGACACACUCUCUCAUAUCGUUGAAGAUCCGAUUCACUGCAUUGUCUAUGUAGUGUUUAUGUUGGGAUCGUGCGCGUUUUUCUCAAAGACAUGGAUCGACGUGUCUGGAUCGUCUGCUAAGGACGUUGCGAAACAGCUAAAAGAGCAGCAGAUGGUGAUGCGUGGUCACCGAGAGAAGUCAAUGAUUCACGAGUUAAACCGUUACAUCCCUACAGCGGCCGCUUUCGGAGGACUCUGUAUUGGGGCGCUUUCAGUUACAGCAGAUUUCAUGGGUGCAAUAGGAAGUGGCACUGGUAUCCUCCUCGCCGUUACCAUUAUUUAUCAAUAUUUCGAGAUCUUUGUCAAAGAACAGCAGGAGAUGGGAGGUAUGGCUGCCAUGUUCUUCUGA